UGACCACCUGCGGGGCGCAAACUUCCUCGCGCAGCCUUCCUUCUCUGCCUCAGCGCGAGCGGCCUGCUGACCAUCCUCACGGGAAACUAAAGUUGGAGCUCGCACUCUCAAUUCUCCACAUGAAACGAUCAGGCAGCACUUUUCAAAGCGAAAUGAAUGGGAACAGUUGGAUCAGCAGUCCCUCUCCUGAUCUCACAUCACUCCCUAAUCACCAGUCAGGUUCACACCUUGUUAACACCGCCAUUAGCUCUGCCUUACAUUCCCUCAUUAUUGACUUACAUUUGCGACCAAAUAGCGCCUCUUUAUCGCUGUUUACCGAAGACUUAACAGCGCCAACCGUUUUCACAUAAAAUGGCGUCAGCACGGAGGCCUGCAGUCAGUUGCCUCUAGACUUCUUCCAGGAGAAACACCAGAGAAGAGCCGCGAUGUUGCCUGCCGCCUUCUGGUUCCUGGUCUCCAUCUUGGCUCUUGGGAGCCCCAAACCGUCUCUGAACUAUUUGCAGAACCACUUUUCAGCGAAGGGCGAGUCGGAAGAGGUUCGUUCAGCUGCUCUCAAAAGGCUUUUGGAAGUGUUUGGCUUGGAGGACCAUCCCGCCUCGCCUCCUCGGUCCCACAAGCAGCCUCCUCAGUACAUGCUGGAUCUGUACAACACGGUGGCGGACGUGGACGGCGUGACCAAAGACCCCACGGUGCUAGAGGGCAACACUGUCCGCAGUUUCUUCGACAAACUGCGCAGUGACGAAAUCGAGUUUCUGUUCAACUUGUCCACUGUGGCGAGGAGCGAGACGGUCCUCACUGCUGAGCUCCAUCUGUUCAAACUGAGACCUCAAGCAUCACUCACUUUCAACAGGCAUCACUUCUGCCAGGUCAGUGUCUAUCAAGUUACUGAUAGCAGCAAAAUGAACAUCAGCCAGAGCAAGAAGCUUGUGUCUUCAAGGCUUAUUCCCAUACAUUCCAAUGGCUGGGAAGUGUUUACCAUCACUCAAGCUAUCCGGACAUGGACAUUGGAUGAGCACAGUAACCUGGGUCUGCUGGUCACAGUGAAGGCUCUGUCAGGCUCUCGGAUUGACCUGAGGACGGUGCGAUUUGCUUCAGGCGGGAGCCACCACCACAGCAAGCAGCCGAUGCUGGUCCUCUUCACCGAUGAUGGCAGGCGUGCUCCCUCAAUGGAGGUUGCUCUCAGAGGUUCUGAAGAUUCCUCAGCUGGUCCCAGUCUCCCUGUCCGUAGCCUGACACUCCCAGCAGCAGGGCAUCGCAGAGCCCGCUCCAUCGACUAUGAGGAGGACCGGGACAAGAUGCCAUGUCAGCGCCUUCCUCUAUACGUUGACUUUGAGGAGAUUGGCUGGUCCGGGUGGAUCGUGUCCCCCCGUGGCUACAACGCUUACCACUGCAAAGGCUCCUGCCCCUUUCCUCUAGGUCAGAACAUGCGACCCACUAACCACGCCACUGUGCAGUCCAUCAUCAACGCACUGAAGCUUACUAAGGGCAUCGAGAUGCCCUGCUGUGUGCCUGACAAGCUCUUCUCCAUCAACCUCCUGUACUUCGAUGAUGACGAGAAUGUAGUGCUAAAGCAGUACGAUGAUAUGGUGGCAGGAAGCUGUGGGUGCCACUGAAGUCCUAAAACUGUAUUAAACAUGUAUAUAAGCCCA